ACUCAAACAAAGCUCAACCUCUUAAAAAAUUUCGUAGCUUUUUUUCCACUUUGUAGUGACACGUGUCCCCUUCUACACCCACUAACUGAAAACUAAACAGAAACUGUUAACAUAAUAAAAAUCCCCCUCUUUGCUCUGUUUUCAGAACCUUGAGUUUCAGUGUCUUUUUGCACUCUCUCUCCAAAAAUUCGAGGGAAAGAGAGAAGAAUUUGCAAAAAAAAAUCCAAACACAUUUCAAUUCAACUACCAAAUUACAAUACCCAGAUUUUAGAUUUUGUAAUUUCUCUCAAAAAUCAUAAAUUUCCUGGGUGUGAAGAACAGAGCUUGUCACUAUGUCUUCAAUGGUAUCUUCCGCAUUCACCUUACCAUCAACCAAAACUGAUCUCAUUUCAUCAAUCUCACAGAAAAAGUACAUUCUCCACUCUUUUCUCCCAAAAAAAUCCACCCAAUUUACCUCAAGAUCACCCAGAAAUGCUCAAAUCAAGUGUGUUGUAGCUGGAAAUGGGCAAUUUACCCAGGUAUCUCCAGAAGUUCGACGAAUUGUCCCACUGAAAAACAAUAAUUUACCCACUGUAAAAAUUGUGUAUGUAGUGUUAGAAGCUCAAUACCAAUCAUCCCUCACAGCUGCAGUUCAAACCCUCAACAAGACAAGCGAUGUCGCGAAUUUUGAAGUUGUGGGCUAUUUAGUUGAAGAGCUUAGGGACAAAGCGACUUACCUAGCCUUUUGCAAAGAUCUUGAAGAUGCCAACAUUUUUAUUGGGUCUUUGAUUUUUGUGGAGGAGCUUGCAAUUAAGGUGAGGGAUGCUGUGGAGAAGGUUCGAGAUCGAAUGGAUGCUGUGCUUGUGUUCCCUUCAAUGCCUGAGGUAAUGAGGCUUAACAAAUUGGGUUCUUUUAGUAUGUCACAACUUGGGCAAUCAAAAAGCCCAUUUUUCCAGCUUUUUAAGAGGAAAAAACAAGGUGCUGGUUUUGCUGAUAGUAUGCUUAAGCUAGUAAGAACAUUGCCUAAGGUGUUGAAGUAUUUGCCUAGUGAUAAAGCUCAGGAUGCUAGGCUUUAUAUCUUGAGUUUGCAGUUUUGGCUAGGUGGAUCACCUGAUAAUUUAGUCAAUUUUGUGAAGAUGAUAUCUGGGUCUUAUAUACCUGCAUUGAAAGGGAUGAAAAUUGAGUAUUCGGACCCGGUUUUGUUCUUGGAUAGUGGGGUGUGGCAUCCUUUGGCUCCUUGUAUGUAUGAUGAUGUGAAGGAGUAUUUGAAUUGGUAUGGGACUAGGAGGGAUACUAGCCCUAAGCUUAAAAGUUCAAAUGCACCAAUAAUUGGUCUAGUUCUUCAAAGGAGUCACAUUGUUACUGGUGAUGAGUCUCACUAUGUUGCUGUUAUUAUGGAGAUGGAAGCAAGAGGGGCUAAGGUGAUCCCAAUUUUCGCCGGUGGGCUUGAUUUCUCUGGCCCUGUGGAGAAGUACUUCAUUGAUCCCAUCACCAAGAAGCCUAUGGUGAAUGCUGUGGUGUCACUUACUGGGUUUGCUCUUGUAGGUGGGCCAGCUAGGCAAGAUCACCCUAGGGCUGUUGAGGCAUUGAUGAAGCUUAAUGUGCCUUACAUGGUUGCAGUGCCCUUGGUGUUUCAGACUACUGAAGAGUGGCUGAAUAGUACCUUGGGUUUGCACCCUAUCCAGGUUGCUUUGCAGGUUGCUCUCCCUGAGCUUGAUGGUGGCAUGGAACCUAUUGUCUUCGCUGGACGUGAUCCCAGAACAGGAAAAUCACAUGCUCUUCACAAGAGAGUGGAUCAACUCUGCACUAGAGCAAUUAGGUGGGCUGAGUUGAAGAGGAAAACAAAGGCUGACAAGAAGCUAGCAAUUACAGUCUUCAGCUUCCCUCCAGAUAAAGGAAAUGUUGGAACUGCUGCAUACCUUAAUGUGUUUGCCUCCAUUUUUGCCGUCCUAUCAGACCUGAAAAAGGAUGGUUACAGUAUUGAUGGGCUCCCAGAGAGUGCUGAAGAGUUGAUCGAAGAAGUAAUCCAUGACAAAGAGGCUCAAUUCAGCAGCCCAAACCUGAAUGUUGCAUACAAAAUGAGUGUUAGGGAGUAUCAGGACCUAACUCCUUAUGCAACACUCUUAGAAGAAAACUGGGGAAAAGCACCAGGAAAUCUCAACUCUGAUGGAGAGAAUCUUUUGGUGUAUGGAAAGCAGUACGGAAAUGUAUUCAUUGGUGUUCAGCCUACAUUUGGUUAUGAGGGAGAUCCUAUGAGGCUACUUUUCUCUAAGUCAGCUAGCCCACAUCAUGGUUUUGCUGCAUAUUACUCAUUCGUUGAGAAAAUAUUUGGAGCUGAUGCCGUUCUUCACUUUGGAACUCAUGGUUCCCUAGAAUUCAUGCCUGGAAAACAAGUGGGGAUGAGUGAUGCUUGUUUCCCUGACAGUCUCAUUGGGAAUAUUCCCAACGUUUACUACUAUGCAGCUAACAACCCAUCUGAAGCGACAAUAGCUAAACGUCGUAGCUAUGCUAAUACUAUCAGCUAUCUGACCCCUCCAGCAGAAAAUGCAGGACUUUACAAAGGGCUCAAACAACUGAGCGAGCUCAUUUCCUCAUACCAAUCCCUCAAAGAUACAGGCCGUGGGCAACAGAUUGUGAGUUCCAUCAUCAGCACUGCUAGGCAAUGCAAUCUUGACAAAGAUGUAGAUCUCCCUGAUGAAGGAGCAGAGAUAUCUGCUAAAGACAGAGAUCUUGUGGUUGGAAAAGUCUACUCAAAGAUCAUGGAGAUUGAGUCUCGCCUUUUGCCUUGUGGGCUUCAUAUAAUUGGUGAGCCUCCUACAGCCUUGGAAGCAGUGGCAACUCUUGUUAAUAUUGCUGCUUUGGACCGUCCUGAGGAGGGCAUUUCCGCCCUUCCUUCAAUAUUAUCCGAGACUGUUGGAAGGAACAUAGAAGAUCUCUAUAGAGGAAAUGAUAAGGGAAUCUUAAAAGAUGUUGAGUUAUUAAAGCAAAUUACAGAGACAACACGAGGAGCAGUUACUGCAUUCGUGGAAAGAGCAACUAAUGAUAAGGGUCAAGUUGUGAAUGCCAAUGACAAAUUGACUUCGAUCCUUGGGUUUGGUAUAAAUGAACCAUGGAUUCAGUACUUGUCUAACACUAAGUUUUAUGGAGCUGACAGGGAGAAACUUAGGAUACUUUUUGGAUUCCUAGGGGAUUGUUUGAAGCUUAUUGUGGCUGAUAAUGAGUUGGGAGCUCUGAAACAAGCUCUUGAGGGAAGAUUUGUUGAGCCGGGUCCAGGUGGAGACCCAAUUAGGAACCCAAAAGUGUUACCUACCGGGAAAAACAUUCAUGCUUUGGACCCACAAGCCAUUCCUACAACUGCAGCUAUGCAGAGUGCAAUUGUUGUUGUGGAUAGGCUGCUUGAGCGUCAGAAGGCUGAUAAUGGAGGAAAGUUUCCUGAAACAGUUGCACUUGUAUUGUGGGGAACUGAUAACAUCAAGACUUAUGGAGAGUCACUUGGUCAAGUUCUGUGGAUGAUUGGGGUAAGACCAGUUGCUGAUACCUUUGGGAGGGUCAAUCGGGUUGAACCUGUCAGUCUUGAGGAGCUUGGAAGGCCUAGAAUUGAUGUCGUUGUUAACUGCUCAGGUGUUUUCAGAGACCUCUUCAUCAACCAGAUGAACCUUCUUGAUCGGGCAAUUAAGAUGGUAGCUGAGCUUGAUGAGCCAGAGGAGCAGAACUAUGUGAGAAAACAUGCACUGGAGCAAGCGAAAUCCCUUGGUGUUGAUGUUAGAGAGGCUGCUACUAGAGUGUUUUCCAAUGCCUCGGGAUCAUACUCCUCAAACAUCAACCUUGCAGUUGAGAAUUCUUCAUGGAAUGAUGAAAAGCAAUUGCAAGACAUGUACUUGAGCAGAAAGUCGUUUGCCUUUGACUCCGAUGCACCAGGUGCUGGAAUGAUGGAGAAGCGGCAGGUGUUUGAGAUGGCUCUUUCGACUGCUGAUGCUACUUUCCAGAAUCUUGACUCCUCAGAGAUCUCUCUAACUGAUGUGAGUCACUACUUUGAUUCGGACCCCACAAAUCUGGUGCAGGGACUCAGGAAAGAUGGCAAGAAGCCAAGCGCUUACAUUGCUGACACUACUACAGCUAAUGCCCAGGUGCGUACUCUAUCUGAGACUGUUCGUCUAGAUGCACGAACAAAGCUGUUGAACCCCAAGUGGUACGAAGGAAUGCUGUCAACUGGGUAUGAGGGUGUGCGUGAGAUUGAGAAGCGGCUCACAAACACUGUUGGAUGGAGUGCAACUUCAGGUCAAGUGGACAACUGGGUAUAUGAAGAGGCCAACACAACAUUCAUUCAAGACGAGGAGAUGCUCAAGAGGCUGAUGAACACCAACCCCAACUCAUUCAGGAAGUUGUUACAGACUUUCUUAGAGGCUAAUGGAAGGGGUUACUGGGAAACUUCAGAGGACAACAUUGAGAAGUUAAAGCAAUUGUAUUCUGAAGUUGAAGAUAAGAUUGAAGGGAUUGAUAGGUAAAAUAUGUAAAAUAAGCCUGUGAAUAUGCCAGACAUACAUUGUUCCAUUAUUGUGAGCUAUAAAAUUUAAAAAUUGUCUCUGAAAA